AUGCUGCCUAAAAUGAAUGUGGACGAAGUGCGCGUUAGCCUGCAGCGCUUCGGCUGGCCCGAUUAUGUGGUGUUCGUUUUAAUGUUAACAAGCUGUGCGGUGAUCGGUAUUUAUUUUGCGCUGCAAAUGCGUCGUGAGGCGAAGGCACGCAAAUCGCUAACGACAGAGGAUGCCGAGGAUGCUUAUCUGGUGGGCGGCAGAAAUAUGAAGAUUUUCCCUAUCGCCAUGUCGUUGAUAGCGAGUUUUAUAUCUGGCAUUACACUAUUGGGCACACCCACAGAAGUCUAUCUCUUCGGCACACAGUAUCUCUAUAUCAUGGGCUCGUUGGUGAUCAUGGGUUUCGUGCUUUACUAUUUCUUCCUGCCAGUAUUCCACGAUCUCAAAUUAAUAUCCACAUAUCAGUAUUUGGAGUCGCGUUACGAUCGGCGCAUGCGUCUCUUUGGUUCGGUGCUCUUCAUGUUCGGAUCGUUAUUAUGGCUGCCAAUUGUCAUUUAUGUUCCCGCACUGGCCUUCAAUCAGGCUACGGGCGUUAAUAUACAUCUGGUAACGCCGAUGGUUUGUCUGGUGUGCAUUUUCUACACAUGUGUGGGUGGUCUGAAAGCUGUCGUUUGGACCGAUGUUGUGCAGACGAUUAUUAUGUUUGGCGCCAUGGUUUUGAUCAUUGUCAAGGGCACCAUAGAUGUGGGUGGAUUUGGUGAGGUUUAUCGUAAAGCGAAGGAGAGUGGACGCAUUGAAUCACCAAACUUCACCUUUGAUCUCACCGAGCGUUAUACCGUCUACUCGCUCUUUAUUGGCGGCGUUGCUCAUUGGCUGAAAUCGAAUGCGAUCAGUCAGAACAUGAUCCAGCGCUAUCUUUCGCUGCCGAAUAUGAAAUCGGCGCGCACCGCACUGUGUCUCUUCAUAUGCGGCGUUCUGACUUUCAUAUGUGUUUGCGGCUACAGCGGACUGCUGAUCUAUGCGACUUACCAUGAUUGCGAUCCGCUGCAAACGAAGCUCGCCAAACGAAAUGAUCAACUACUGCCGCUACUUGUCAUGGAAAUACUGGGCGACUAUCCCGGCUUGCCGGGUCUCUUCGUUGCAGGAGUCUUCAGCGCUGCGCUCUCUUCACUCUCCACUGGCUUGAAUUCUAUGUCUGCUGUGAUGCUCGAGGACUUCUUCAAAUCAUUUGCUAAAAAGCCACUCACCGAGCGUCAGACCGCGCUUAUAAUGCGUUUCGUAGUCAUCAUCUUCGGUGCCAUAUGUGUGAGCUUGGUUUUUGUGGUAGAAAAACUUGGUACUGUGCUACAAUUAACCAUAACUUUGUCGUCCGUCGCGAACGGUCCACUCUUGGGCAUCUUCACGGCGGGUGUUAUGGUGCCCUGGAUUGAGGGAAAGGGCGCUCUAGUUGGUGGCCUAAGCAGUCUCGUCUUCAUGGCCUGGAUGUGCAUACGCGCUCAGGCAGAUCUCGCUAGCGGCGCUGUAAGCUACCUACGCAAGCCACAUACUAUAACGGGUUGCAAUUACACCUUCAUUGAUUUUGCUUCGAUGAGCAUGAUAGCUGAGAAUGUUACUGGGCAUACGACAGUGCACUCGGAAAACGACACCUUUCACAUCUACAACAUCUCAUAUCUCUUUUACACGAUGAUCGGCUCGCUAAUAACGAUCGUGAUUGGCUUGAUCACCAGCUUUCUCUUGGGCCCCAAUAAGCUGGAGAACAUGGACACUUUGCUGCUGUCACCCUGCGUGCGACGCUGGGUCGAUAGUUACAAGGCGCGAAGAGCGCUAGAAAAUGGCGCACAGCAGCAAAACAAAACACCAACAAAAGCACUGGAAAUGGACAAAUUGAAGUUAACGAAACUGUCGGAGAAGCCCACGUAAAAUUAAACGAGUACGAGAGACGCCAAGCAACUAAUAAGUUAAUUUAUAUUUAUUGAAGGCUUUAAGUGAGCUACCAAAGAAGAAAAGAAACGAAGAAAUUAAGUUUAAUAUUAAUUUAAAGUGUGUAAAGAGGGAAAAAAUUUAUUGGUGUUGCCUACAUUAAGGCGCUACUAUUUAUUUAAGUCAAUAAUUGUAAAUAUCAUGCAUUAGUAGAGAAGUUGUAGUGUGUAGUUGCCACAUUUAGCACUGUAAAUAGCAAUAAGCAAAACAAAAAGAAAACUAAAAUUAAAAUGUUCCUAUAAAUUAUUGUAAAUACAAACGAAAAGUAUGCUCCCAUCAA